AUGGCUCGAGCGUGGACGAAGAUGAUGAUGAUGAUGAUUAUGAUGCUGACGUCGACGAUCUCAGCGAAGGAGCAGCUGAGCGGUAAAGAAUGCGAGGAUCUAGGGUUCACAGGUCUCGCUCUCUGCUCCGAUUGCCACUCACUCUCUGAAUACGUCAAGGAUCAAGAUUUGGUAGCUGAUUGCUUGAAAUGUUGCGCUGAUGAUUCUGAGGAUUCAAUGAGUAAGGUUAGUUAUUCAGGGGCUAUAUUAGAGGUGUGUAUGAGGAAGCUGGUUUUCUACCCUGAGAUUGUUGGUUUUAUUGAAGAGGAGAAAGAGAAGUUUCCUAGUGUUAAAGUUCAGUACGUUUUUAACUCACCACCAAAGUUGAUUAUGUUGGAUGAAGAUGGUGAACAUAAGGAAACUAUAAGAAUCGACAACUGGAAACGUGAGCAUCUACUGCAGUACAUGCGGGAGAAGGUGAAGCCUACUUCAGCUAGUUAAUGUAAUCACUAUGUGGUGCUGAAUACCUUUGUCAGACGACUGUUCUUAUGGUUAAACAACACGUUGUGGUCUUUAGAAUCUCCAAGCUAUUUGCUCUUUCUGCGUCAGUAGUCUGUAUGUUCUGAAUCUUAGCAAUCUCAUUGUUACUGACUUCUGUUCAGUGUGCUUUAUGAAAAGUUAAUGAGAAUGUUGUACUUGGCUGUUAAGUAUAAUUUAAGUAAUGAAUGAAGAGAUGACAUGGGACAAUGGAUUGUGGUGUAAUAUUCGUA